AUGGGAGGACUUGGUACCGAUGGGAUGGAAUGGUCGGCCGAGGUGCGCGAUGGCCGAUCCGACGAGCAAGGGACGGUUAAGACAACCCUGGCUCUUCUGCGAGAGACCGAGGCCACGGAUCCGUUGAGGCGAUCUCAACCUGGCUGGGCUGAUAUGAAAUAUCUAAAAAUGCUCAACCAGUAUAAUGCAAUGGAUGCGCGAAAGCACAAGAAGAAAAGCGAAGCGGAUAACGAUAACCAUUGGAUACACAAAGUGCGCCCAAGUGGUGACUACUACUUUAGAGUAAAACCCAAUAGCGAGGGAAGUACAGUAAAGGGGAGUAAUAAUGAUGGAGUACGCUGCAAUGCUUGUUACAAACCACGAGGCAAGGGAUAUGACGUACCAAUGAGGUGGAUGGACAUAGAGGGACGUUCCUGGAUGAUAGGCGAUGCAGGAAACGCGAGUCUCUACACCGUAUCGGCCAAGUCAGACAUAGACCGGUGCAACACAGGAUAUUGUGACCUGAUCACUGAAACAUGGGUCAAUCUAGCAGCCCUACCAUCAAAUUAUCAAGAUUACAGAAUACACAUAGUCUUGAAGCGGGCAUCUUCAUUCACGGGCCCUACUGCUAUCCAGACAGCAGGCUGCCGCGAGAAAUGCAGAAGAUAUUAUGAAAAUCGCACGAACAAUACUCCCUCCAUCAUCAGCGAGUCUAACACGAAGGUCCUGCCGGAUGACUCAGAUGAGAAUAAAGUCCUGGCAAUCGUUCCUUCCGGGAUACCCACAGUCUACGUUGAGGACGUCCUCCGCAAGUAUGCUAUGAUGUUGUGCACCAGUGUCGUCGGGGACAUUGAGAUACUCAAGGAUGGGCUUGACUGUGUCAAGCCCUAUUUGAUAUGGGCACAGCAGGGGCAGGACAAGAUUUUCAAUAUGAUUGGCAUAUGUGAUGAAUGGCGCACCGCUGAUGAGGUUUCUAACUUCAUUGGGCAUUUGGUAGCUAUGCUGGAGGAUCUUUACAGACUAGCCGUUUGGGGUGACCUCGACGAGGCUUAUUUACUUGGGGAAACCAUGUACCAGAAGGUCUUGGGGCUGGAGGCUCCUGGAAUCUAG